CUCCAUAAGGUGACAGAUUGUUGCUUAGUUGGAAUUCAUUUGAAGAAAUGAGUGGUUACAGGUGGUUGAUUACUUAAGAAUUCAGACAAAAUGAUUGUCAUGGAUCCCCUUAUCAUGUGUUCAUUUUCUUCAACCCCCAAUCCAACAUAACAUUAUCAUCCUUCAUCCACUCCACUCCACACAUCCCAACAUCAAUCAACAUUCCAAUGGCAUUUGCAGGCACUACCCAGAAAUGCAUGGCAUGUGACAAGACUGUCUACUUGGUGGACAAACUCACUGCUGAUAACAGGGUGUUUCACAAAGCUUGCUUCAGAUGCCACCAUUGCAAUGGCACACUAAAGCUCAGUAACUACAACUCCUUUGAGGGUGUUCUUUAUUGCAGGCCACACUUUGAUCAGCUGUUCAAGAAAACUGGUAGUUUGGAUAAGAGCUUUGAAGGCACACCGAAGAUUGUGAAGCAACCGAAAACCAUUGAUGGCGAGAAACCAAUGGCAAAUAAAGUCUCGAGUAUGUUUGUGGGAACGAAAGAUAAGUGUUUGGGGUGUAAGAACACAGUUUACCCAACCGAAAAGGUUUCUGUGAACGGAACUGCAUACCACAAAAGUUGCUUUAAAUGUAGCCAUGGAGGUUGUACAAUCAGCCCAUCGAAUUAUAUCGCGCAUGAAGGUCAUCUCUACUGCAGACACCACCACACCCAACUCAUCAAAGAGAAGGGUAACCUGAGCCAACUCGAGGGUGAGCGUUCUGCAAGGGUCGGAGAAACCGCACCUUGAAUGUUACUUUGAUGACCAUCUUAUAACCUUUUGCAACCUAUGUUUUUGUUAUUGGUGUUGUAUGAUUGAUAAAGAUAUGCAAGUCUGUUGUGUUUUGCUUUGCUUUGCUUUGCUUGUGACACUUCGAUAUAUUGGAUUUAAGAGUGUUAUGCUUCCUGUUGAAAAUUUUGAAA